CUCUGCUGCAGUACUGCUAAGGAUUAAGUUUGCAGCCCUGGGUGAAUGAGUUUACACUGGGUAGCACUUAAACUCUCAGGCUGUGUAGCCUCACUAACUAGUUGUCUUCUCAUCGAUCCCCGUAGCGGGUCUUUCUUUGUACGAGACGACGUUUGAUACUCCCGCUCAUGGUCCGUGAGCCAUGGAGGGUCCGUCGUCUCGUUUGUCUGCCGGCCGUGAUGGACCGCCGUGGCUGGCGGGCAGGAGAGACUCCGACGGGGAUGCAGAGUCUGACCCUGCCCGAGACACGAGAACACACUUCAGCGUGUGUCGCUUCAUUAUGGAGACAGGAGUGAAGCUGGGUAUGCGCUCGGUGCCCGUGGCUACAGCGUGCGUGUUGUACCACCGCUUCUUUGAACGUGUCAGCCUGCGUGCGUAUGAACCCUACCUGGUGGCCAUGAGCUGCGUGUACCUGGCCGGCAAAGUGGAGGAGCAGCACAUCAGGACCCGUGACAUCAUCAACGUAAGCCACAGGUAUUUCAACAGUGGCAGCGCUCCUCUAGAAUGUGACAAGGAGUUCUGGGACCUGAGGGACAGCGUGGUGCAGUGUGAACUCCUCAUCCUCCGACAGCUCGACUUCCACGUCUCCUUUGAACACCCUCACAAGUAUUUACUCCACUACCUGCUGUCUGUGAAGUCGUUGGUGAACCGCCACGCUUGGUCUCGAACCCCUGUCGCUGAGACUUCCUGGGCGUUGCUUAGAGACUGUUACCAUGGAGCCAUGUGCAUCCGCCACACACCCCAACACAUCGCCAUAGCAACACUGUACCUGGCCUUAAACAGCUACGGAGUGGAGCUACCUGUCGGGGAGAAAAAGUGGUGGCAGGUGCUGUGCGAGGACGUGACCAAAGCAGACAUCGACGCUGUGAUCUCGGACCUUCUUCAGCUCUACGACAUGGAGGCCAAGUGUAUCUGAGGGACACACCUGCAAGACCUGUACAUAAGACACACACAAGGGUUGUUUUAUCUCUGUUUGUGUGUGCACACACAGCACGAGUAUGCGUGCCUUUGCACGUGUUAUUCUCUGCACGUAAGUGUUGGGGUUCAGGUGGGUUUGUGCACAUCAUACCCCUGUGUGUGUGUAUGUGUGUGAGAGAGUGAGUGAGUGAAUGAGAAGAACACUUUGUGUUGCCCCAGUUAGUCUGUGAGCUGUGACAGAAAACACACCUGCACUACCAUUUCCUGCCACCUUGGGGAGACAUUUCUUGCUUUCUGGUCUCUGAUCUCUCAGCCUUGCAGAAUACUGAUGUGACUCUGGAAUAUAUCACCAGCACCAGCUUUCUCUGAAACACCUCGGCCCUCAGCGGCUGUAGUCGCCUCACAUGCCACUCAUAACAUGUUUAAACUACAGAUCCCACCGUAUGGAUUUGACUGGAUAAUCUGAAGUUCAUCGCCCAGUUGCUAUAAAUAAUUCACCAAUAAUUCCAACAAAUCAAUAAAAAUGCAUGGGAACAGUGACAUCAGUGAGAUAUCUAUUAUUAAAUGGCAUUAUCCUAACACAUUUGCUCAUUUGGAUAAAUAAUAAAUAUGUAGCUGAGGUUAAGUUUUGAAUGCCUGACUAGCAUCCAGCUCACUGUGGUGCAUUCAGCUACACAAUAAACAAGGAAAAUUGGACUUUCUGUACUGGAUACCAGUACAUGUCCUUCAUUUUUCAGAUGCGUAUUGGAACUCAUCUUGACAUUGCAUAUGAAAGCGCAUUGAAAUGUGAAUGCAUUAAUUGGCUUAAUGACCUCUUCAUCAUAAGUGUCAUACAUCAUGAUCGUAGUGGAAUAUUUGGCAGAUAAAGUGCCUCUUGGUUUAUUAUUAUGUUUUUAUUUCAUUUUUUGAGUGUUGUUGCAGUGCUGACAUUUCCAGAGAUCUUUUCAUGAAUUUGUUAAAAGACAGUUUGUACUUUUUUGGCAGAAGACCAAGCAGGUGAGAACUAUGUGGGGGACGUGGUUUACUGUAUGAUUUAGACCAGGGGUCUUCAACGUUUUUCAGGCCAAGGACCCUGAAACUGAUGGAGAGAUGGAGCACCCCACCGCCCCGCUAAUAUGUUCAUGUUAAUUCAUGUUAACGUGUUUUUAAAGACAUUUAAAUUUGUGGGAAAAAAUGAGGGAAAAAGAUAAAAAAUUCUAAUCUGGUCUAAUCAACCAAAAAUUUCACAACCCCCCCUGCAGUACCUCCAUGGACCCCCUGCUGAAGACGUCUGAUUUAGACUAAUGUUUCUGCUGUUAAAGUGACAUGGUUAAAACCAACAAUGAAUUGUGAAUAACACUAACAAAUAUUGACUGUGUAUCUAUGGUCUGACAUAGAGCUUCAUCAUCCAGAAACUAUAAAAAAAAAAAAAAAUACAAAUCAAUGAGAGACACUGGGUGACAUGUGCACUCACAAAAUGUGGAUUAGUCCGCUGCUGAAAAUAGUCCCCAACUGUUUCAUCCUGUUUCAGUGAUGUUUGUAAAAAAAAAAAAAAAAAAAAACUGCAGCGGUCAGCUGUUUUAGGA